AUGGAGGUUGAGAGGCUUUCUGGCGUCUACAGUGACGAGCUUUCAAAACGGUUCAAAAAGAAUGGCGUACCGUACACCAGUCAGUACCACUUCCGAACGGUCUCCAGGCUCAAUGAACUCAAACCCAUCAUCCUAAAGACAGUGAUCAGGUGUUGGCCAGAUAUAAAGGACGAAUCUCCUAUCAGAGAUGAAUAUAGAAUCGCACAUUCUGUUAAAGACGCAAAGGGUAGAUGUAUUGUAAUCGGAACAGUAUACAAGGAGAUGAAGCGACAUCCGUCCCCUCUGAACGCGUAUAAACACGAUUUCGCCUUCAAGAAGGAAGAAAUAACAGAGUUUACGAACGAUGACGACUACUUGACUCUGGAAGACCAGACACAACGGCUGAUAAUUACUGGAGAUUUCAUGGACCCGCACCGCUUCACCUCAGGGAUGGUUCUCGCAAUGAAGGGAUACAUUACUCCAGAAGGGCUAUUCAACGCAGAGGACUACACAUUUGCCGGACCACCACCGCUUCUCCAGGUUCCAGUAAAGACGGAAGAUAAAUUUAUCGCAAUCAUUAGUGGACUCGAAGUUGCAGGGCCAAAUGUAGACCAUGAUGGACUGUUACUCUUGCAGGAGUUUCUCUUGGGAAACUUAAGUGACACGAACCACAAGAUCAUCCGGCUAGUCGUUGCUGGUAACGGAGUUGGAAGCUGUGAUCUAGAAGCAAUAUCUGACUCUGACACAUUCUUUGCUCAAUUGGCAUCUUCCAUACCCGUAGACCUAAUGCCAGGCGCAAAAGAUCCAACAAACGCGAACCUUCCUCAGCAAAUGAUCAGCCCAUCCUUUAUGGACCACAGCAAGAGAUACGGGACAUUUAAAUCAACGACAAACCCGUACCUGUUCACAGUAGACGACGUGCGCUUUUUGGGUAUAUCUGGACAGUCUGUACAAGACAUUUGCAACUACAGUCGCUUAUCAGAACUAGAUGCCCUAAAGAUAAUCGCAGAUUCGCGAUGCAUAGCUCCAACGGGGAUCGACAGUCUGCCAUGCCAUUCCGAGAUGGAUGUAUUCAACCUUGCAGACGACGAUGAAUAUCCGCACGUAUUCUUCAGUGGAAAUGCAAAAGAGUUUGCAGCUGGUACUAUAGGCGAGAAUAAAUUGCCAAAGGUCAUCUGCGUUCCUUCCUUUAACGACAGUCCCACCCUGGUACUGGUCUCACUCAGUUCCCUAGACGUAACGACCGUUAAACUCUCAUCAGAGUGA